UUAUAGCAGGACUGAGGUGGGCAUUCUGACACUGGGGGGGAACUGACUAACUGUCACUGACAUCCCCAGUGACACCAAUACAGUGAUCAGUGCUAAUAAAAAGCACUGACUCUGUACUAAUGACACUGAGAAGGAAGGGGUUAACAUCUAGGGUGAUCAAAGGGUUAACUGUGUGCUGUGUGUAUGCUUUACACUGUAAGCACACUGCUUUGUAUGGCUUUGCUAUAUAGAGUAAAGCAAGAGAACUGUAUUGUUUACUACUGGUCUCUCCCCCAUGGCGAUCAGCGGAUGCCAGAAGGGAGUCACCGGCCGCGACAUGGU